GUUAAAGAUGACGGUCUGGUGGAUGAUGAGAAGAAAGAGGAGGAAACACUUCAGCAGUCAGAAAAUGAAGAAAGCAUAAUUGUUCCUGCCAGUAAAUCCUACACAGUUGCCAUCAUCAAACCAGAUGCUGUUGCUCACGGCAAAGCAAAUGAGAUCAUUAUGAAGAUUCAAGAUGCUGGGUUUGAGAUCCUGGCCCAUGAAGAACGCACGCUGACUGAGAUCGAGGCUCGAGACUUUUACCAGCACAAAGCAGCAGAGGCUUGCUUUGAGGACUUGGUGCAGUUUAUGUCCAGUGGUCCGUCCCAUAUUCUGGUGCUCUCUCAGGCUGAGGGCUCAGCCAACGUCGUGCCCGCAUGGCGUGAGUUCAUUGGCCCAGUAGACAUAGAGGAAGCCAGGAGAGAAAAGCCAGAAAGCUUGCGGGCACAAUACGGCACACAGACACUGUUCAACGCAGUGCACGGUAGUGAGGACAUCGACCAGGCCAGCAGGGAGCUCGCCUUCUUCUUCCCCAACUUUAGGACGGCCUCGGUAACGGAGCAGGAUGGGGAGGAAGAGCAUGUGGAGAGGACACUGGCUCUUAUCCGGCCUGACGCUGCCAGAGAGAACAGAGACGAGAUCUUGGCUCAAAUCCACAAGUCAGGCUUCAACGUGGCACUCCAAAGAGAGGUGAUGUUGACGGGGGAGCAGGUCAGACAGUUUUACUUUCAACAUGUCGAGGAGGACUACUUUCCUGCACUGCUCAGGAGCAUGACAAGUGGGCCAGUGCUAGCUUUGGCUCUAGCCAGAUCGGGGGCUGUCCAUCACUGGAAGAACAUCCUCGGUCCUUCUGAUGUUAAUAAAGCCAGAGAGGAGAGUCCUGAGUGUCUAAGGGCCCAGUUUGCUGUGGAGAAUGAGCCUAUCAACCAGCUACAUGGCAGCGCAAGCCACGAAGAGGCAGAACAAGAAAUCAACUUCUUCUUCCCUAAACAGCAAACACUGGCGGUGAUCAAGCCUGAUGCUAUGGAGGAACACAGAGAGAAGAUUUUGGAGGAGAUCCGUGGCAGUGGUUUCUCUGUAACGCAGCUGAAGGAGACGGUGCUUUCGAAGGAGAUGGCUGAGGAGUUUUACAAGGAGCACAGAGAGAAACCUUUCUUCAGCCAGCUGGUGGAAUUCAUGUGUCGCGGGCCCUGUAUGAUGCUCAUCCUGACUAAGGAAAAUGCAGUGGAGGAGUGGAGGGCCAUGAUGGGCCCCACAGACCCUGACCAAGCUAAGGCGACAUCCCCAAACUCUCUGAGGGCCCGCUUUGCCUCCGACAUCCUCCACAACUCGGUCCACGGCUCCUCCAGUGAGCAGCACGCAGAGGAGAAGAUCCGUUUUAUCUUCGGUGACAUCUGCUCAGACGCUGAGCCCACCGGAGACGGAGAGACUGACACAACCACUUUAGCAAAAGAGCAAGACUGUUCUGCAGAUGACAACGCAGGAAUGUCAAGCUCUGAAGAAAUGUCCAAUAACCAUCACCAACAACUUGAAGGUGACACACUUAAUUUGAAUUCUUGCAGUCCACAGACGGAAGGAAGUGACGAUACCGAGCACUCGAACUGAAUCAAUCACCACACAAGUUUCUCUUGUAUUGUAGGCUCAUUCUGUGAUGUUAUGGGUAAAACACAUUUUCAGUAAACCAAUGAAAUACAAAUGGAAUAUCUGAUAUUUACACACCCUACAUGGUUCACAUUAGAUUUUGCUGAAACCAGUGGCUGUAUUAUGGGGGAAAAAAAUUAUAUUG